AUGAUUUUAUUAUGUCAAGUGGUGUAUUUCAUUUUAGCUGCUUCAGUUUCUAAUGGAUGUGUAACUGAACUGUUCAAAGACACCUACUUUCAAGGAGGAGACAUAACUACUGUUUUUACACCAAGUGCCAAGUACUGCCAGCUAGUCUGCACCCACCACCCACGGUGUCUGCUCUUCACUUUUAUGGCUGAAUCAUCAUCUGAAGAUGCUACUAAAUUAAUGUUACUUUUUUUGAAAAAUAGGUUUACUUGUGUACUGAAAGACAGUGUUAUUGAAACACUGCCAAAGGUGAAUAUAUCAGGAGCAAUUUCUGGGUAUUCUUUCAAACAAUGCCCACACCAAAUAAGUGCUUGUAACAAAAACGUUUACAUGGAUCUAGAUAUGAAGGGCAUGAACUAUAAUGCCUCUAUUACUAAGUCUGCUCAUGAAUGUCAAGAGAGAUGCACAAAUGACAUCCACUGUCAUUUUUUUACAUAUGCCACAAGGCAUUUUCCCAGCCCACAGCAUCGUAAUGUUUGUCUAUUGAAGUACACCCAAACGGGGACACCAACCAGCAUAACAAAGAUCGAUAAUGUGGUGUCUGGAUUUUCAUUGAAAUCCUGUGGGCUUUCCAGUCUGGGUUGUAUUAGGGACAUUUUCCCUAGCACAGGGUUUUCAGACAGGAACAUUGACAGUGUCUUGGCUCCUGAUGUUUUUGUCUGUCGUCGCAUUUGUACUCAUCACCCCAAUUGCUUAUUUUUCACUUUCUUUUCCAAAGAAUGGCCAAAAGAAUCUGAAAGAAAUCUUUGUCUCCUGAAAUCAUCUAAAAGUGGAUUGCCAAGUACACGCCACAAAAAGGACAAUGUUUUUUCUGGUUUCAGUCUACAAAGCUGCCGACACAGCAUCCCAGUGUUUUGUCAUUCUUCAUUUUACCAUAACAUUGAUUUCUUGGGAGAAGAACUGGACAUUGUUGAUGUGGAAGGGCAUGAAGCCUGUCAGAAAAUGUGCACUAAUGCUGUACGAUGCCAAUAUUUUACCUAUUCCCCACCUCAAGAACCUUGCAACAAAAGGAAGGGUAAAUGCUACUUAAAAUUUUCUGUGAAUGGAUCCCCAACUAAAAUACUUCACGGCAGGGGAGGCAUCUCUGGUUACACAUUAAGGUUAUGUAAAAUGGAUAAUGUGUGUACAACUAAAAUAAACCCCAGAAUUGUUGGAGGAACUGCAUCUGUCUAUGGUGAGUGGCCAUGGCAGAUAACUUUACACAUCACGUCACCCACCCAAAGACACCUGUGUGGAGGCUCUAUCAUUGGGAACCAGUGGAUAUUAACAGCUGCUCAUUGUUUUGACCAGUUAGAGUCACCUAAAAUUUUGCGUGUCUAUAGUGGGAUUUUAAAUCAAUCAGAAAUAAAGGAUGAUACACCUUUCUUUGGGGUUCAAGAAAUAAUAAUUCAUGAUCAAUAUGAAAUGGCAGAAAGUGGGUAUGAUAUUGCCUUGUUGAAACUCGAAACAACAAUGCAUUAUACUGAUUCUCAACGACCCAUAUGUCUACCUCCAAAAAGUGACAGAAAUGUGAUAUAUACUAAUUGCUGGGUGACUGGAUGGGGGUACACAAAAUUAAGAGACAAAAUACAGAAUACUCUCCAGAAAGCUAAAAUUCCCUUGGUAACAAAUGCAGAAUGCCAGACAAGAUACAGAGAGCACAAAAUAACCAAUAAAAUGAUCUGUGCCGGCUAUAAAGAAGGAGGGAGAGAUGCUUGUAAGGGAGAUUCUGGGGGCCCCCUGUCCUGUAAACAUGAGGAGGUCUGGCAUUUGGUGGGUAUCACGAGUUGGGGAGAAGGCUGUGCUCAAAGAGAGCGGCCUGGUGUUUACACCAAUGUGGUGGAGUAUGUGGACUGGAUUUUAGAGAAAACUCAAGCAGCGUGA